GUUAUUCCUCUUGCUUAAUUGUAUUCAAUAUGCCACCAAGGAAGAGAGAGUUGACUAAAAACGAAAUGAAGAAGGCGGAGAAGUUUGUGGAGGACAAGACCUUCGGACUCAAGAACAAGAAUAAAAGUAAAAAGGUGCAGGAAUACGUCCAGCAAGUCAAGAAGGUGUACACUGGAAAAGAUGCAAAGUCUGAGGAGCUGAAAAGAAGAGAAGCAAAGAAGAUGCGCGACGCCAAGAAGGAGCAAGAAAAGGAGCUCAGCGAUUUGUUCAAAGCUGUUAUCACGGUUCCGAAGCUGGCGUUCGGAGAAGACCCCAAGUCGGUGAUCUGCCCCUUCUUCAAGGCGGGUCGUUGCGACAAGGGUGAUCGUUGCAAGUACAGCCACGACCUGUCUCUGAACACGCGUAAAUCGGCCAAGAAGGACAUCCACACGGAUACCCGCGAUGAGAAGAAGCAAGAGACCAACGCCGACUGGGACCGCGACAAACUGGAAGAAGUGCUUCGCCAGAAGGAAGGCAAGCGUCCGCAGACGACGACCAAGAUCGUGUGUCGCUACUUCCUGGACGCGAUCGAGAAGGAAUGCUACGGCUGGUUCUGGCAAUGCCCGAACGGUCCGGACUGCAAGUACCGCCACGCUCUGCCCGAGGGCUACGUCUACAAAAGCCGUGCGGAGCGCGAGGCGGAGGCUGCGCUUCGCGAGAAGGACCGCGCGCAGGACAAGAACAUGAUGCGUCUGGAGAACAUCGAGAUGCUGCGAAAGCAGCUGCCGCACACGAACCUCACGCCGGUGACGCCCGAGACCUUCGCGAAGUGGAAGCAGGAGCGCAUGGAGCGCAAGCGAAAGGAGGCCGAGGAGGCGGAGAAGGCGCAGGAGAAGAAGAAGGUGUCGGCGAAGGAGGCGCGUCUGCUGAGCGGCCGCGCGCUGUUCGUGUACAAUCCGGCGCUGUUCGUGGACGACGAGGCCGCGGCGGACACGGCGGAGUACGAGGUCGUGGAGCCCGAGGAGGAGGAGCAGAACCGCGCCGAGGGACGCACGGAGGAGAUGGGCAUCGCGGAGGCGGCGGAGAAGGCGGCGGAGGCGGCGAAGGAGCGCGGCGAAGAGGAGGACGGCGAGGUGAAGAUCCAGCUGACCGUGUUCAACGAGGAAGAUUUGGACGGACUGGACGAUCUCGACGAUCUCGACGGACUCGACGAGGGAGAGGAGGCGAAGGAGCCCGCGGAGGAGGCCAAGGAACAAACCGGGGAAACGGAGAAACCCGAGGGAGAGGGAGAAAAACCGCCUUCGUAGAGAGGAGGGAUAGGCAUCGU